AUGAUCACGUUAGUCAACGGAAGGAGAUACUACAUGUAUAAAGGGUAUACUUACUGCUUCGGGUUCAAAUCCCGUUGGGGUUGUCGCUGGCGCUGCACGAGCACGUCCGAGUGCAAAGCCUAUAUCAUCCUGGACAAUGACGGCAAUCUCAUCACGGUGAAAGGGGUGCACACCCACAAAUCCCACAAGUACCACUUAAUGCCUAACGGCCGAUACGUGCGGAUC